AUGGUCAGGACAGCUAAGGCAGUAUCAUCGGGCAGCCAGGAAACAGCCAAGUCCUCGGGACUCGCUCAAGAAACAGCUGCUUCGAACGGCUCUUCCCCAAGCAUCGAAGCUCCCCAGGACCACCCGAUAAUAUGCUCCACAACUGCAGCUAUUGUAAUGGUAACUGUAUUUUUCAAUGGCAGCAUGACUACAUGGAUGGUUGAGUAUCUUGGAAUCAAGCAUGGUGUGGAGGGGCGAAGUCGCGAUGGUACGCAGAGUUCUGGUGCACAGAAUGAAGUCGAUGAUUUACAUUUACCGGGAACACCCCUCACACCUUGUGGAUCAAAUCCAUGGGACAAAGCAUUUUUGCCGAGAAAGUGGUACAACUUCGAUGCC